AGACCAGCAACAGCAGUUGAGCUGAGUUCCCUUUCAAUAGAUGUAAACAGAGAUAGGAGUUAAUUUGCUCAGAUUGUAAGAUAGAUAUCAAGAUAGCUAGCCAUAACGAUUUGAAAAUACAACUCCACAGCUUGGCUAUCAGACUCAACUUAGCAAAAAAGAAUACGUAAACUGGUAUUGUAGUUUGUUAGCUAAAUGACUGCACUUUGCUAGCUAACGUUAGCUUGCUGGCUAGAUAGCUAGGUUUGUUGAAAACUGGAUUGGUCAGAGAAGAGGAUACUUCACAAUAAGACAUGAUAGGUAGCUAAGAACUUAACUAGUUAAACAGACCAUAACUGACCGAAAAUAUACAAUAUUAUCCUCUUGAAUAAUUUAACUCGACAAUUUAACCCAUGUUCCACCAUCAGCGCCUGCGAAGAGUUUUCAGCAAUCGUUUCCGGGUCAAAAUAUUUACUCAUACAAAUUAAAAGUCCUUGUUUUAAAUCCAUCGAUUGAACAUUAAAAAAGUAUAAUACAAUGUGGUGUCAUUCAACAGCAACACUUUUGUGUAUACAUAUUGUAAUAUCAGAAAGUGUUUUGAAUUUAAAUGAAUCACACAACAAGCUAUCUAAUUCGAUUGACAUUUAUUUUAACACCUCUCUGGCGACUUUUAUUUUGAAAACAAAAUCUUUUAAAACGUAUAGGGAAAGUUCUUUCUUCCGGAUUAGCGGCUUUCAUGCAAUUGCAGUAAACCGCAACACAAACGCUUUCGUGCUUUCACAAGAAUCUGAGCUGUCAUUGUCACCAUGUCAUCUGGAAACGCUAAGAUAGGCCAGCCGGCCCCACAGUUCAAAGCCACUGCUGUGGUGGACGGACAGUUCAAAGAGAUCCAGCUGUCUGACUACAUGGGGAAGUACGUGGUGUUCUUUUUCUACCCACUGGACUUCACUUUCGUGUGCCCCACUGAGAUCGUGGCCUUCAGCGACCAGGCCGAGGAGUUCCGCAAGAUCGGCUGUGAGGUCAUAGGCGCCUCCACAGACUCUCACUUCAGCCACCUGGCCUGGAUCAACACCCCCAGGAAGCAGGGUGGUUUGGGACCAAUGAACAUCCCCCUUGUGGCUGACCUCACCCAGUCUAUCUCCAGAGACUACGGCGUGCUGAAGGAGGACCAGGGCAUCGCUUACAGGGGUCUGUUUGUGAUUGACGACAAGGGCAUCCUGAGGCAGAUCACUAUCAACGACCUGCCAGUGGGCCGCUCUGUGGACGAGACCCUGCGUCUGGUGCAGGCCUUCCAGCACACAGACAAAUACGGAGAGGUGUGUCCCGCUGGCUGGAAGCCAGGCAGUGACACCAUCGUCCCCGACAUCCAGAAGAGCAAGGAGUUCUUCUCCAAACAGUGACAACACAACAGAGCCUCAGGCUGUGUCAAUAAUGGCACCCUAUAUAGUGCAUAUGACCCCGGUCAAAAGUAGUGCACUUUAUAGUGAAUAGGGUGCCAUUUCUGACCCACCCUCAGAUGUCCUAGCACUUACCUUCAGAUGGGAAGUCCUCCCUUCAGCAACAGUCUCUUGGUGUCCAACCCACACUUAUACAUAGGUUUUAAAGUACUUGUUAGACUCCCACUCUUAUAUCUGUAUGACAAAUAAGCUACUGGUGGAAAGUUUAUUCUAGUCCCAUGCACUGAAAGUGUUUUGUUUGUGCUCUUUUCUCAAGUGUUAAAAAAAAAAGCUUUGAGUAUUUUGUACCUCACAAUUAACUAUUCAGUCUACUGUCACAGAUAUUGAUAAUAACAAAUGGGGGAAAUAAUGAUUUACAUGUUGGCAGUGUUUUUGUCUGAAAAAUAAAACUAAGUGAAGGUG